CUAUUGCAGGAGAAACGCAAAACAAUUAGCGCAGAUGACCUGCUGGAAGCUAUCACAAAUAUGGGAUUUGAUAACUACGUAGCGCCACUGCAGCUUUUCUUGGAGAGAUAUAGAGCAGCUCAUAGAUUAAGCAGCAUCUUUCCAAAUGGCGCCGCACCUCGUAGCUUCUCAUCUGAUGGAUCGUCUACGGCCGUGAAUAACGCAAGUCCCGAGGCCUCCGGUAACCAAGAGUAUCCUCAGCGGUCAUCAGUUGCUUUGAGUUCAACGACUUGCACCACAACAGCUGGAACGCAUACCUAUCAUACUGCUACAACAGCUCAUGAUGGCGGCGAUGCACACUCUGGAACGGGUAACACUUCGUCCACUGGUGCUCCCAUAGUGUUAGCUGGAGGGGUUGGUGGGAUGCCAGUAACUGCACUGCAUCAGCAACCCAUGCAGAUCUACAUUGAUCCAGCCAGUAAACAACACUACAUGGCCAUCGAGACUGAGCAGGGAAUGCAGUUGUAUCCCAUUCAAAUUCAAACUGAUGGGCCAGUAGCUUAUACUGUAACUUCGGAGGUAGCAACGGCGAUGACAUCAAGUAGCAGCGGCGACAAUCAGGCAGGUGUAUUCCAUACUUUUGUGGUUGAUUACGGCUCUCUUCUUUUGUUAUAUGUAGUAUUGGACUUUUUAUUCCUUCUAUGCGUUGAAGCUGUAAAAUUGGAACACACCUAG